AUGAACCUAUUCAGAAUAUUAAGCUUUGCGUUCUUCGCUAUAUUUACAAUUGUACAGGCUUCAAACUGGUCACCAGAAGACUAUGAAAUAUUUAAUUUGAAUGACAAGAUUCAACAGGAUCUUGGGAAAGGGACAACAUUUUACUCUUGGCUAGGUUUAGAAGAUGGACCCAAAUCCAAACUUGAAGAAAUUUCAAAGGCCUAUCGAAAAAAGUCGAGGCAACUUCAUCCUGAUAAGCAAUCAAAAUCUUCCAAAGCGGCGAAAAAGAAGGCUGAAGAGAUGUUUCAGAGGUUAUCGCUAGUUGCUAACAUUUUAAGAGAUCAGUCGUUGAAGAAAAGAUAUGAUUAUUUCCUAACAAAAGGAUUCCCCAAAUGGCGUAAAACAGGCUACUACUAUUCGAAGUUUAGACCUGGUUUUAUUAUGACGUUAGUAAUCUUGUUCUUUUUUGCAAAUGUUCUUCAUUACAUUGGGCUCUCUAUAAAUAGGAAACAAGAUUUUAAACGCAUAGUUGAUUUAAAGCGAGAAAUUAAAUUACUGGCAUGGGGAAACUUGCUAUCUCCACCUCUCGAUGGCUCAGAAAGAAAGGUAUCGGGCAUAUCAGAUAGACAAUUUAUGGUGCACGCCAAUGGCGAUGUUUCUCUAAUAAAGGACAAUGAGCUUGUACCAGUUGAUGAAAACGAAAUUAAUACAAAGCCCUUUUUCAAGGAGACCUUAUUAUAUAGAGUCACAGCCGCUCUUUGGAAUAUUACGUUGGGCAAAAUCACUGGUAAGGAAAUGGACACCAGUGUGCUGUUUGAAAAUCCUACGAAAAAGACAUCGAAGGAAUCGCGUAAAGAAAUCAAAAAGACAAAGAAAAAGAUAGACAAGGAUCAUAAAGUAUUACUACCUAACGGAAAAGUUGCUUAUGGAAGAUCAAAUAAAGGAAAGAAAAAGCUUAAUUAA